GCGGAAGUCGUCGUCGGCUAGAAACUGCGAUACGGAGCUCAGUUUUUAAUUAACCCGGUCCCGUCUUCGGCCCGGCCCGCGUUGCGCCAAAUUAGUUUUUCAAGAAUAUUUCCCGAGCGGAGGUUCGCGUCAAAUGCAAAUGAAAUAGUGGCUGGCAAAUUUAUGAAUGCAGGCCGAGAAUUAUGUUUCGUCUGAUAAGACGAUGCGAUGAUAAAUGUGUGUGAGAGUGUCUGUCUUCAACUGCCCAACAAUCGGUGGCCAUAAAUAAUGCUCAUAAUGGGCUGAGGCCUGGGAAAAACUAAUGAAAAUCUUUGUGUUCGUCCCAGCGAGUUCAACGCGAAACUAACAGAAUCAUAUACUAUAUAGAUAUAGACGUCAAUCAGCUAUUGUACAUAUUUUUAUGUGGAUUUAUUAGGCUGUUAAAAUUGGAUAAACUUUCCGACCACUCUGACCGAUUUCAAACCGCUUAUUAACUCUUCCGGUUCAACCAGUACCUGGUUCUUCAAGGCGCUACUCUGGCGCUUCAGGCUCAGCAAAUGAUCGGCACCGAGGAUAUGUCCGCAUCGGCUGGCAUGGACAUCAGUGAGUCCUUUCGUGCCGAGGAUCUCUCGAAGGCGGAUUUCUUUGAUUUUGUCACUGGCCCUGACAUGGGCAUUGGCAUAGGAGUGGGCGUGGGUGUUGGCGUGGAAGCCCUGGGCGUCACACUGCACCAGCAGCAGCACCAGCACCACCAGAGCCAUCAAAACCAUCAGAACCACCAGCAGGCGCCGCACAGUCACAACAGCCACAACAACAAUCAUGUUCAGGUGGUGCACCAGUCAGGAAAUCCGCAGUCCCAACAGCAGAGCCUCUGCGGCGGCGGCGGUGCGAGAACCACCAGCAGCAUGAUCCACGACGGGGGAGGGGGAUCUGGCGCUGGAGCAAAUGGCAGCGGCGUCGUGGUGCCCGUGGGCAACCGCAACGGCAGCAGCAACAACGGCGAUCCCACGUUACAGGGCUACGAGUUCUGGCACCAGGACAAGGAAAGCAACCGCCUCGACUCCAGCUCAAUCUUCGAGGACCUAGACCGCUACUGCUGGCAACAGCAGCCUGUCACCACCAGCGCCAGCAAUGGCGGAUCCACCAGCACAAACCAGCCCAGUCCCACCUCGCCGCAGUCCCACCUCCAGCAACAGCAACAGCAGCAGCAACAAUUACAGCAACACCCGCAGCUGCAGCAGCAACAUCAGCAGCAGCCGAAUGCGAGCAGCUCCUCGGGAGCCUCGAGCGGAGCGGGCAGCAGCAGCGAUACCAUUAGCAGCCUGGACACCACCGACGGGCAGAUCUACACCCUGACAGUAUUAAACGGCGGCGAGCCCUGGCUGAAGCGCUCCGAGGCGGAGCAGCUGCCCAGCUCGCUGGACUUGGACAGCCUGCUAAGCAGCUUUCCGGGCUACAUCAAGUCGGAGUAUCCCUACGACGACAGCGGCUUUAGCACGGACGGCAAGGAUGUGAUCGGCAGUGGAGCGGAUGGCAGUGGCCUGAACCAGAACCAGAACCAGGGACAGCAGACGCCGCAGGCUCUGCCCUCGCUGGUCACAGCGAUCUCGCUAGCGGGUGGCAACGAUUUGGGUCAACAGCUGGCGCAGUUCCAGAACAACAACAACGACUGGCACAUGGCGGAUCAUAACACGGACACGGAGCAGAGCACAGCGGAGUCCUUACUGAGGAGCGCGCUUCAGGGCAAGGGGUACGCCAAGGGACUGCACAUGCAGAAUGGCUUGACCAUGCCCGUGGUAAAGGACGAAGAUAUGCGGCGCCUGCUGUUUGCCGACGAGGCUGCUGCCCUCGGGUUUGCAGACUCCACCCUGAGUGCCGCCCAGAUCUUCGACGAGGCUCAGGGCAUCCACCUCAGCUCUCAGCAGCAGCAGCAACAGCAACAGCAGCAGCAGCACAAUGGCAGUGCCAACAUUUUGGUGGACGACAUGUUCCUGUCGCUGGAGAACGCCUUCAGCGAUGAUUUCGAGAAGAUCAAGCGCAUUGCCAAUGAGGUGCAGCAGUUCUGCAGCACGCCUACUCCGGGAGAUUAUGGUCAAUCCGCUGCCGACGUGCUGAUGCAGAUCUCGCCCAAUCCGGCGGCCAGCGUGGCGGGGCAGCUGCAGCCACCGCAGCCACUGAAGCCAGAGGUUAGCACUUCCACCUCGCCCUCGUCAUCGGUGGGGGUGUCCAAGUCCAGUGGCAGCGGCGGAGGAGUCAGCAAGCCCAAGAAACAGUACAAGCGGAGCAGCAGCGGCAACAACAACAAUCCCAGUGUGGCCAAUAAUAAUAGCAAUGCAAACAGCAGCAAUCCCUUGGGCCCGGUAAUCGGAGCCACUGGCAGCACCGGCAGCUCCUCCUCCAGCGGCAGUGCCAGCAGCAGCAGCAACAGUCCGCCGGCCAACUCAGGCGGCAGCUCGUCCUCCUCGUCCGGAGGCAGUGGGCAGCGGAAGGAGCGCUCUCUACACUACUGCUCCAUCUGCUCGAAGGGAUUCAAGGACAAGUACUCGGUGAAUGUGCAUAUAAGGACGCAUACGGGCGAGAAGCCCUUCGCCUGCUCGCUGUGCGGCAAAAGCUUCCGGCAGAAGGCCCACCUGGCCAAGCACUACCAGACGCACAUGACCCAGAAGAAUAAUGGGAACCUCAUCAAAGGCAGUUCCGGCAAGCACCAGCGAUCCAGUGGUUCCUCUUCCUCGGCCGCAGCAGCUGCAGCGGCAGCGGCGGCGGCAGCAGCGGCAGCUUCUCUAAAUCCGCGACAACUGGGCGGUGGUGGAGUGGUGCCACCUUCCUUGCCCGUGAUGAUCAGCAAUCCCAACACUCCACCGGGGGUACUGCCACCGGCCAACGGACUGCUCAGCAAUCGGUAGUGUCCAGGGCGAGGGGAGUGCCAUUCCCCCGGCUAAAAUACUAUAUUUCUUGUUCCUUACACACAAAAUACAUACACACAAAUAGAACACAAUCGAAGAUGUCCUACUGUAACUACCUAAACUGUUAAAUACUUAAACGCCCAAAUACUCCCGACUCGAAUUUACGUCAUUGAUGGAUUCCUACUUCAGCUCUCUGUGCGAUUCCUAUGCCCACACACACAGACAGACAGAUGCACACUCUCUCGAAGCACUUCCAAAUACAAUACUGAACCUAAUGUACAUUUACACAAACUAAUUAAAUUUAAAUGUGCCAAAUUCUGAGGAUUUUAAUUAUGCUACUAAAGUUAAACUAAAAUAGUAUGCUAGGCGUGUAGAAAUAGAAGUGUAAUGAAGCUAACGAAGCAAUUCCACGAGUGGUGAUAUCAAAAUGAGGCCAAACGCUUCCUUGCUAAACAGAAACAGAAUAUUUUCCGAUCCAAUUUCCAAAACCGGACUCACCGGGAGUCCCCUAAUCCUCCUAAUCACCCGCAGCUCUCACAGUCCUUAGCUAGCCCAGCACGAUGCGUGUUUCCUGUAAAUUGAAAGUAUUUGUUUUCUUAGUUGCUCUGCCCAAAUUAGCGUAAAUUUGUUUGCUAGUGUUAAUGUAUAUAUACUCGUAAAUAGAGUUAGGUUUUUACUACAAAUAAAUAAAUACAAACUAAAAGCCAGCAAGGGGAAUGCCAAAUAUUUUUGAGGAAGGAACACUCUAGACCCGAGGCACCCAUUCGGAGCUCAUCCUACAGCAAUUCCCCGCUCCUUUCUCCUUCAAGGAUCUCUCUGAUCUCUUGGGCCGAGUGUUAGCCAACUUCGAGGGCAUUCAGACGGGGCACCAGCAUUACUCUAUUAGUGUAUAUUUUAUGUUCGUACACUGAAGCUCGAAACACUCCAAACUCCAAUGUUCAGCAGUUGUUUACCCGAAUGCAACUCAACUUGCACUUGCCAUUAUUUUUGUAUUUUGUAUUUGAUAAACACAAGGCGCAUUACCAAGGCGAAUGCGCCAUUAUUAAAGAUAACACACACAAACACACAAGACACACAUUCCCCCAACUAGUGUAUGGACUAGGCUAAGCUUAUUAAUAAAACAGCUAUAGUUAAUGGUUAAUUAAACUGCCAAUUAUUUUGUGAUAGUUUUUAAUGGACAAUAGAUUUAGAUUACGCAAAAAUAUCUUCAAUGGUGUUUGGGUUAUGUAACGUUUUAACGAUUUGUUAUAAACUGUGUACACUUUGCAAUACGAGUAUUUCUGCUAAUUUAUUGAACUAAAUAGUUUAUGUACAUAGAGAGCGCUCCUUGUUUAUAUCCAAGCCUAGGCUAAACCACACAUCGAAAUCUUAGUUAAAUCUUUGUUAGUUAUUAUUUAUGCACACACACACACACACAAACACCUGGGCGAAAGCC